AUGCUGGACCAAAGGGAGCUCGCCUCGCGCAUACAAUCCAUCCGGAAAGCCAAGGACUCCAAUGAGCCUGCUUCAGUGGUCAUCGCGGCCUUGGAGGCUCUUAGGAAGGAGGGCAAUCCGACCGAGGAAAUGAUCCGGAACACGAAGGCCGGCAUGUUCAUCGGCAAGCUCAGAACAGAUAGCAACAAAGACAUUGCGCGCGCGGCAGCCGAAGUCGUCCAGGCAUGGAAAAAGGCUGUCGAAGCAGAGAAGAAGGCCAAGGGUGGCUCCCAAAUGGCUAAACUGCAAGGAUCUGCGUCUCCUGCGAGUAUCAAGUCAGGAUCACCUGCACCCAAACCAACUACAGCCAGCAAAAAUUCGUAUACCGGCGACAUUGAGAAGAGACACUACAAGACGGACAAGAUUGAUAUUAACCGGACGGGCUCAACAACCCGGGACAACAUUGUUGGUCUUCUCUACAAUGGUCUAGCCUAUCGAUCUCGUGAGGCUGAGGACAACGUCCUUCAGCGCGCCAUCGAGGUGGAGAACGCUGCUUACAAGCACUUCAAGGGAGAGACCAAGGACUACAAGGAGAAGAUGCGCUCGCUGUUCCAGAACCUGAAGGUCAAGGCCAAUGAAAAGCUACGCCUGAAUGUCAUGACGGGGACCAUCUCCGCCGAGCGAUUCGUCACCAUGAGCUCGAAAGAGCUUCAGUCGGAAGAACAGCGCAAGGCGGAUGCUGUUCUCGAGAAGGAGAACAUGCGCACAGCCCAGGCAGGCAUGCCAGAGAAGAGCAUCAGUGACUCUCUGGAGUGUGGCAGUUGCAAACAGAAGAAGGUCGCAUACACCCAAGCUCAGACACGCUCGGCUGACGAACCGAUGACGACAUUCUGCGAAUGCAUGAAUUGCGGGAAACGGUGGAAGUUCUCUUAA